AUGGAGGAGGAGAGGAGGGCGAGCGAGAGGGAGGGCAACGAGGUCUCAAGCAACGUCUCUCGCCUCCACGAGCAGCGACAGGUUUUCUCCAGCAGAGGCUCUGCUGGCAGGUUCCGCCCUCACUCUGCGCCUGCUCAGCGAGCUCCAGUCACGUUCGACAGCAUCCCCGCAUGGGCUAAAGAUCAACUUGCGUCCCCGAGCUUCGCCAAGACGGUGGAGAACCAAAAGGCUCGUCCUGCCUCGGCGAAGCAACAGCAGCCGUCGGUGCUCCCGCUGUCCAAGAUCCCCAAGUGGAUCUCGCUGGACAACAAGGUGCUCACUUUCGAAGCUUUCUUCCGCGAGUCCGUCGAGGACUCGCCGCUCGAGCGCUCGCGGGUGAGGCGAUGUGUUCUGCACUAUUUCUUGGAGGACGACACUAUGCGCAUCCUCGAGCCGCGGGAAGAAAACUGCGGCCUCCUGCAGGGCUCCUUCCUCAAGCGCCACAAGAUCCCGAAGCAAGGAGGGGAGGGCCCGCUGACGUGGCGAGACAUCCGCGUGCCCGGCGACCUGAGCAUCUACCAGCGCGUGUUCCGCAUCACCAAGUGCGAUCAGUUGACGCGGCAGUUCUACGAGGACCUCGGGUACGCGGUGGGCGAGGAGGAGGUGCCUGUAGACCCAAAAUUCUCGCGCCCCUCCUCCGCCAAGUCAAGCACGUCAGUGAAGGAGGUGAAGAUGGACAUGUAUCAUGGGAGACAGAGGAACGACAUGACGGAAUACAUCGAAGCCAAGCUCGGAAAAUGCCAGGUGCAGGAUAAGAAGCAGCUCAUCACACAAUAUCUCCGAAACGACAGGAAGGUCCUGAGAUUUUAUUGCCACUGGAAUGAUCGAAGCAACGACGGGGCGAUGGAGCGAAGGCCAUUCGUGCUUCAUUAUUUCCUUGCUGACGACACCGUCGAGGUGCUUGAGGUCAACACCCCCAACUCGGGGAGGGAUCCGUUCCCCGCGCUGCUGAAGCGCAUGAAGCUACCCAAGGGCGGGGGGAGCAGCGGGAUGAUGGGAGGGGACGGGAGGAAGUACGUCACGGAGAGGGACUUGCAGAUAGGAGGUGUGGUGAACGUGUUCGGACGGCAGCUGGUGCUGGACUCCUGCGACGAGGCGACGAGAGACCACAUGAAGCAGCAGCAUGGCGUCGACCUCUCCCGCUAUACCCUCUCCUCCGCCCCCUCCUCCGCCCUCCCCCGCUCGAGGGAUCGACCCAAAAGUGCGUCCCACAUCCCCCCGCACAACGGGUUCGGGAAGGAGGAGGACAGCCGGCAGAACUGCCUCUCCCUGCACCCGAAACCCCCGAAGGGGAACGUGACGCGCCUGCUGGAAAACAAGGGGAAGAUGCUCCGCUUCGUGGCGAAGCUGGAGAACGCUGUUGGCUUUGACAUCGAGCGGGUCUUUACCGUCACCUACUUCUUGGACACGGACGAGCUCUCCAUCUUCGAGCCUCCCGUCAAGAACUCUGGCAGGACUGGCGGCAAGUUCAUGGAGCGAUGCAGGGUCAGGAAGCCGCACUCCUCCCUCUACUACUCCGAGGCGGACCUCUUCCUCGGGGCUCGCGUCCUUGUCUACUCCCGCGCCUUCGUGCUCGUCGAUGCCGACGAGUUCUCGCUCAAGUACAUGGAAGACAACAGCGACGUCUUCCCCUCCUCCGACCCCCGUCGCGUCCUCGCCAAGAUCUCCUCCUCCUCCCCUUCCUCCUCCCUCGACGUCAGUCUGCGACAGCUCGACCGCGUCGGGCGAGGCCAGCUGGAGGUUGCAACGUUCAAGCGCGUCAUGGCGGCUGCUGGUCUGGGGCUGAACGACCACGAGCUGCACACGCUGAGCCGACGGUUCUCAGCUGGCGAUCAGCUGGUGGACUACGAGGCGAUGCUGAGAGAAGUGCAGCAGCGAGAGCCUCAGGCGUUUGACCCCGCGAGCUCGCGACGAGAAGGAGGAGGAUACGAAGCCGCACAUGCCAACCUACAGGUAACCCUGCUGCUGCUGCUGCUGCUGCUGCUCCUGCUCCUGCUCCUGCUCCUGCUCCUCCUGCUCCUCCUGCUCCUUUACACUCUUCUGGUCUGCUGCUCUGCCUGUGCUGCGUCUGACGGGUGGGCAGCGGCUGCUGUAUCGUCGAGGAGCGUCGGGGCUGCGGGGGCUGGAGCGAGCGAUGUCGCACAUCUCGAGGGGAACGAGGCAACUGGACCGGGAGGAUCUCAACACGGUGAUGGCCUACUGCGGGAUCAGCAUGGGAGCCGACGAGCUCGAGGAAAUCUUUCGCAGACACGAGGACGGAGGUCACGUGCUGUGCGAGGACCUCAGCCGCAGCCUCCGCCCUCCUCUCACCCACCGCCAACAUGA